UCUCUCUCUCUCUCUCUCUCUCUCUCUCUCUCUCUCUCUCUCUCUCUCUCUCUCUCUCUCUCUCGGAAUGGGGGGGUGGGGUGGCGAAUGACUAGUUAGAAGUGCUUGUGGCAAGUCUCCGCCCUAAGAUUCCCCCUGCAAGGGGAAGAUGCCAAGGUAGAGACACCUUGUUCUCAGCAUCUGAACUUGGAAGGGGCUGCAGCUGCCAGCUGAGGCCACCCUUUCCCCAGCCAGAGCACGGGCCGGCCGCUCUCCAUGGUACUGCGGAGAGCUCAGCUCCGCCCUUCUCUUUCAGAAGGACAGCACCCGGCGUCACGUAACCCAGCCUUCUCGGGCUUCACCACCGCCUCUUCCUUCCCUUUUUCCCUCUCCUCCUCCUGCUCCCCCUGCUGCUCCUCUCUGUUCCAUGUUCUUCCCUUCCUCACUCUUGGAGAUAGACGCUCAAGCCUGACGCCUCGGAAAAAGGCAGCAGCAGUCGCCUUAUCCUUAGACCUCAGGAAAUUCGCUUUUACCGAUGCAUGCUUCAGGUUCUGGCUCGAGCUAAGGGGAAUAACCAGGCAGAUUUCUGAGUUCUUAUAAACGUCAAAAUAAAAUCAAAAUGCAUCACCAACAUACAACCAACUGACAUGCUGGAGUCUUAGGGUGGCCUUGCAGAGACAGAAAAAAGAAGAGUUUGAGGGAUUGAUUUCACCAUCUAACAGCUUCUGGCUACUUCACAGCAGGGUUUGAGACCUACCUACAGGGCUCCUAAACAUAAAGCGAAUCAGCCUGGGAGGGCAUGCACAGGAAAUUUGGCCUUGGCUUUAGUGGUGCUGGAAGCCCAUGAUAUGACAGAAGUAGGCCUCUGAAGCUAUUCUGGUGUCUCACUCUGUCCUUUCUCCUUCUGUGCUUGGAGCCAACAUCUGGAGGGGCCUCGAGGCCUGCCAAGCAGCCAAAGAUCCUGGCUCAGUGUUGACUUCGUGUUCCUCUCCGAGAAAAGUGUGUUUCUUCCGAUUCUGCUCUCCUACUGCUGGCACCGCGCCGGUGGUACUUUGAAGGUUUUGGUCCUGGGAUAGUUGAAGUACCUGUUGGUGCCACAGAUGCCCUCACUUAAACAUCAUCGGAUGCAAAUGGAUCAGUGAUCGCUCUUGAGCCUCGGUGGCCCUCUUUUUCAGAACGUUGCCUCCAAAGUGUAUCCCCCCUUUGGCCUGGAAGUUCUGCAGCUAUCCCAUAGGACUGGGGUCUCCGCUUUCCAGUUGGAAGGAGACUACUGGGAGAGAGGAAGGGGCUGCUGGAAGAGAAGAAGAAGGAAAAAAGAGCUGAAGGAGGGUGCGCCCCUCCCACUGCCGCCUCCCCCCUCCCUCCCACUCCUCUGCGGACCCCCAUUUCUCUGUGAAGGUGUCCAGGACCGCUUCGACCCUGUCGCCCCCGGCUCCCCCCCGCCGCACCCCAGCCCCGAGCAUGGGGACGGCGCUGGUCCAGCGCGGGGGCUGCUGUCUCCUCUGCCUGUCGCUGCUGCUGCUGGGCUGCUGGGCAGAGCUGGGCAGCGGGCUGGAGUUCCCGGGCGCCGAGGGCCAGUGGACGCGCUUCCCCAAGUGGAACGCGUGCUGCGAGAGCGAGAUGAGCUUCCAGCUGAAGACGCGCAGUGCCCGCGGCCUCGUGCUCUACUUCGACGACGAGGGCUUCUGCGACUUCCUCGAGCUCAUCCUGACGCGCGGCGGCCGCCUGCAGCUCAGCUUCUCCAUCUUCUGCGCCGAGCCCGCCACGCUGUUGGCCGACACGCCGGUCAACGACGGCGCCUGGCACAGCGUGCGCAUCCGCCGCCAGUUCCGCAACACCACGCUCUACAUCGACCGCGCCGAGGCCAAGUGGGUGGAGGUCAAGUCCAAGCGCAGGGACAUGACGGUGUUCAGCGGGCUCUUCGUGGGCGGCCUGCCACCCGAACUGCGCGCCGCGGCCCUCAAGCUCACGCUGGCCUCGGUGCGCGAGCGCGAGCCCUUCAAGGGCUGGAUCCGUGACGUCCGGGUCAACUCGUCACAGGCCCUGCCGGUGGACGGCGGCGAGGUCAAGCUGGACGACGAGCCUCCCAACAGCGGUGGCGGGAGCCCAUGCGAGGCGGGCGAAGAAGGCGAGGGCGGCGUGUGCCUCAACGGGGGCGUGUGCUCCGUGGUCGACGACCAGGCCGUAUGCGACUGCUCGAGGACCGGCUUCCGUGGCAAGGACUGCAGCCAAGAAGACAACAAUGUGGAAGGUCUGGCACACCUGAUGAUGGGCGACCAAGGUAAAAGUAAAGGAAAAGAAGAGUAUAUUGCCACGUUCAAGGGAUCUGAAUACUUCUGCUACGACUUAUCUCAAAACCCCAUUCAAAGCAGCAGUGAUGAAAUAACUCUGUCCUUUAAAACUCUUCAAAGGAACGGACUGAUGCUUCACACAGGGAAAUCAGCUGAUUAUGUCAAUCUUGCAUUGAAAAAUGGAGCUGUCUCUCUGGUCAUUAAUUUGGGAUCAGGGGCCUUUGAAGCACUAGUGGAGCCUGUGAAUGGAAAGUUUAAUGAUAAUGCCUGGCAUGAUGUGAAAGUCACCAGGAAUCUGCGUCAGCACUCAGGCAUUGGACACGCUAUGGUGACAAUAUCAGUGGAUGGAAUUCUUACCACAACGGGCUACACGCAAGAAGAUUACACCAUGCUGGGGUCUGAUGACUUUUUCUAUGUUGGAGGCAGCCCCAGCACAGCCGACCUUCCAGGGUCACCAGUCAGUAACAACUUUAUGGGCUGUCUCAAAGAGGUUGUAUAUAAAAAUAAUGAUGUAAGGCUGGAAUUAUCGCGACUUGCCAAGCAAGGAGAUCCUAAGAUGAAGAUUCACGGUGUGGUGGCUUUUAAGUGUGAAAAUGUGGCAACCUUAGACCCAAUAACUUUUGAGACCCCGGAAUCUUUCAUUUCUUUGCCUAAGUGGAAUGCAAAGAAAACAGGCUCAAUAUCAUUUGAUUUCCGUACAACGGAGCCAAAUGGCCUCAUCCUGUUUAGCCAUGGCAAGCCAAGACAUCAGAAGGAUGCCAAGCACCCACAGAUGAUUAAGGUUGACUUUUUUGCUAUUGAGAUGCUGGAUGGCCACUUGUACCUCCUCUUAGACAUGGGAUCAGGUACUAUAAAAAUCAAAGCCCUGCAGAAGAAAGUCAAUGAUGGAGAAUGGUAUCACGUGGAUUUCCAACGGGAUGGACGGUCAGGUACCAUUUCUGUCAACACACUACGCACUCCCUACACAGCUCCCGGUGAGAGUGAGAUCCUGGACCUAGAUGAUGAGUUGUACCUGGGUGGCUUGCCAGAAAAUAAGGCUGGCCUAGUCUUCCCUACCGAGGUGUGGACUGCUCUGCUCAACUACGGCUACGUGGGCUGCAUCCGGGACCUAUUUAUUGAUGGCCAGAGCAAAGACAUCCGGCAGAUGGCGGAAAUUCAGAGCACUGCUGGAGUGAAGCCAUCCUGCUCAAAAGAGACAGCAAAACCGUGCCUUAGCAAUCCUUGCAAAAACAAUGGCAUGUGCAGAGAUGGCUGGAACAGAUACGUCUGCGAUUGCUCCGGAACAGGCUAUCUCGGCAGGUCCUGUGAGAGAGAGGCAACGGUUUUGAGCUACGACGGGAGCAUGUUCAUGAAAAUCCAGCUUCCGGUGGUGAUGCACACUGAGGCUGAGGACGUGUCCUUGCGGUUCCGAUCCCAGCGUGCAUAUGGUAUCCUGAUGGCGACCACUUCUAGAGACUCUGCAGACACCCUUCGAUUGGAGCUAGAUGCAGGACGUGUGAAACUCACGGUCAAUCUAGAUUGUAUCAGGAUUAACUGUAAUUCCAGCAAAGGUCCUGAGACCCUUUUUGCUGGCUAUAACCUCAAUGAUAAUGAAUGGCACACAGUGCGUGUGGUUCGGCGAGGAAAAAGUUUAAAGCUAACCGUGGAUGAUCAACAAGCCAUGACAGGCCAAAUGGCAGGUGAUCAUACAAGGCUGGAGUUUCAUAACAUAGAGACAGGCAUCAUCACCGAACGACGCUACCUUUCUUCUGUCCCCUCCAAUUUCAUUGGGCACCUGCAAAGCCUGACAUUUAAUGGAAUGGCAUACAUAGACUUGUGCAAAAAUGGUGAUAUAGAUUACUGUGAACUCAAUGCCAGGUUUGGAUUCAGGAACAUCAUCGCAGAUCCUGUCACCUUCAAGACCAAAUCGAGCUAUGUUGCCUUAGCUACAUUGCAAGCCUACACCUCUAUGCAUCUAUUUUUCCAAUUCAAGACAACAUCUCUAGAUGGACUAAUUCUGUAUAACAGUGGGGAUGGAAAUGACUUUAUUGUGGUUGAAUUAGUUAAAGGGUACUUACAUUAUGUGUUUGACUUGGGAAACGGUGCUAACCUCAUCAAAGGGAGCUCAAACAAACCACUCAACGACAAUCAGUGGCACAAUGUGAUGAUUUCACGGGACACCAGCAAUCUCCACACAGUAAAGAUCGACACAAAAAUCACAACACAAAUCACUGCGGGAGCCAGAAAUCUAGACCUCAAGAGUGACUUGUAUAUUGGAGGAGUGGCUAAAGAAACAUAUAAAUCCCUGCCAAAACUGGUCCAUGCCAAAGAAGGCUUUCAAGGUUGCCUGGCAUCUGUGGACUUGAAUGGCAGACUUCCAGAUCUCAUCUCGGAUGCUCUCUUCUGCAAUGGGCAAAUUGAGAGAGGAUGCGAAGUUGCAUUGAUGAAAGCUGACUUGCAAGGGCCCAGCACAACCUGCCAAGAGGAUUCAUGUUCAAAUCAAGGCGUUUGCUUGCAGCAAUGGGAUGGCUUCAGCUGUGACUGUAGCAUGACUUCCUUCAGUGGCCCACUCUGCAAUGACCCUGGGACAACAUAUAUCUUUAGCAAAGGUGGUGGACAGAUUACAUAUAAGUGGCCUCCCAAUGACCGCCCCAGUACACGAGCAGACAGGCUGGCCAUCGGAUUUAGCACUGUCCAGAAGGAAGCCGUGUUGGUGCGUGUGGACAGUUCCUCAGGACUGGGUGACUACCUGGAGCUGCACAUACACCAAGGAAAAAUUGGAGUUAAGUUUAAUGUUGGGACAGAUGACAUCGCCAUCGAAGAGUCUAAUGCAAUCAUUAAUGAUGGGAAAUACCAUGUAGUACGUUUCACAAGGAGUGGUGGCAAUGCCACGUUACAGGUGGACAGCUGGCCAGUUAUCGAACGCUACCCUGCAGGAAACAAUGAUAACGAGCGCCUGGCGAUUGCUAGACAGCGAAUUCCAUAUCGACUUGGUCGAGUAGUUGAUGAAUGGCUACUCGACAAAGGGCGUCAGCUCACAAUCUUCAAUAGCCAAGCAACCAUAAUAAUUGGCGGGAAAGAGCAGGGCCAGCCCUUCCAGGGCCAGCUCUCUGGUCUUUACUACAAUGGCUUGAAAGUUCUGAAUAUGGCAGCAGAGAACGAUGCCAACAUCGCCAUAGUGGGGAAUGUGAGGCUGGUCGGUGAAGUGCCUUCCUCUAUGACAACUGAGUCGACAGCCACUGCCAUGCAGUCUGAGAUGUCCACCUCAAUCAUGGAGACCACCACAACCCUGGCUACCAGCACAGCUAGAAGAGGCAAGCCCCCCACAAAGGAACCCAUCAGCCAGACCACAGAUGACAUCCUUGUGGCCUCGGCAGAGUGUCCCAGUGACGAUGAGGACAUUGACCCCUGUGAGCCGAGCUCAGGUGGGUUAGCCAACCCCACCAGAGUAGGUGGCCGUGAACCAUACCCAGGCUCUGCAGAGGUGAUUCGGGAGUCCAGCAGUACCACUGGCAUGGUGGUGGGGAUUGUCGCAGCAGCCGCUCUGUGCAUCCUCAUCCUCCUCUAUGCCAUGUACAAGUACAGGAACCGGGAUGAAGGGUCGUACCACGUGGAUGAGAGUCGAAACUACAUCAGUAACUCAGCACAGUCCAAUGGGGCUGUGGUCAAGGAGAAGCAACCCAGCAGUGCUAAAAGCGCCAACAAAAACAAGAAAAACAAGGAUAAGGAGUAUUACGUCUGAUAUCAAGAUUUGAAACGGACACUUGUAUAGAAAUAGUCUUCAUUUUAUCUGAGACAUAAUAUAAACUUUUACUUUCCUUUUUAUGAAGCACAUACAAAAGAAGACAGGGAAUGCGAUCAGGAGGGAAAACUCUUUUUAAAAAAAAAAACAAACAAGUAUCUCAUGCUCUUGUUUCUCAAAAGAAAAAAAAAACAUACACAAAAAAAAAAAAGAAAGAAAGAGAGAAGAAAGGAAGGAAAAAAUACUAAAACAAAAACAGGGGCCAAUAAAAUUCCCUAACAUCCGCAGUGUUUUCAUUUACUCUGCUUGUCUUUAUGUUGCUGGGACGUUCUAAAAGACGGUGAGGACCGCACGCAUUCAUAAAGCAAAGGAGUAUUACAUCGAGGCACAACACAAAACCAACACAAAACACAACACACACAAAGAAGCUACCUAUGAUCCUGGAUUCAGCCAAAGUGCUAGCGCUUUCCUGAGGAGCCAGUCAGUGGGCGUGCCAGAGAAGAAGUCUUCUUAUGGGACCAUCUGCAGAUUAUGAGGAGUUGGUCAGCUGGCACAACUGGAGCAGGGGUUGGAACUUGCAUUUGAGACAAAGUGCUGGCUUUUUUUUUCUUUUUUUCUUUUCUUUUCUUUUUCUUUUUUUUGAAGACUAAUGCAGGAAAGCGUUUUUAAAAAGCCCCUUUCUGUUUGUGAGAGAGUAACAAUUAAAAAAAAUAUUAUGGAGGCCUUAUUUUUCAAAAUGUGAAAUAUAAGGCACAUGUUCACACUAAAAUUACAAAACAAAAAUGAGAGGGCAUAGAUGCAAUCAUUGGGAAAUUUUCAUGCACGCUUACUAUGUUAUUACAUAUGUUUAUAUAAACCCAUCUCUGUGUGCUUUCUGGACUGUGAUAAGUGACGUUUUAUAGCCUGUUGUAUAGAAAAUGCAAAAUAUAUCUCUGCUCUUCAGCCAUUUUUGGUAAAUUCAAUGUUAUAAGUGUUGCUAAGUAUAGGGAGUUUUAUGACAUCGGAGCAACAAUUAUUUCAGACAGAUUUUUUUGCCGACAUUAUAAAUUGCCACAAUUACUUACUUUUUUAAACUAAAAUUACAGUGUAGUGUUUAUUCUAAGAAAGAUAUGUAUGAAUGUAUAUAAAAAGACUCAGCUACUUCUUUUCUUACAUAUAUAGCCUUCAUUCUGUUGCAUUAUUAAGUUUUAGUAAUUGUAUGAAAGGUGUGAAUUAGAAGGUGAAAUAUAUACCUAAGUAUCAGAUAAAACUUUCUCUUUCCCAAAUACUCAUAUGUCUAUAUGUGUUUAACAUUCACACACAUACACACACACACACACACACACACACACACACACAAAUACACAUACACAGGCAGCCAUCAGAUAUGAUGGAAUACCAAAACACACAAAUACUGACAAAUUGAAAAUGUGAAGUUAGACAGUUGUGCCAAGGUAUUAUAACAAAUCGGUGAUUUGCUUCAUUGAGAUUCUGAUUCCAGGAGACCUUGAAUUCUUAGUCCCUAGUAAAAUGGAACGUUUAUUUUAAACGAAAGAGAUCCAUCACCAUACAUGGCUGCAUAAAUAUGCAUCACUCAACAGGCAUUACAUAAAUAAUGUUGGUUUACUCUGGCUGCUGCAAUGGAAAACAUUUUUCCCAUAAAUUUAUAGAUAUUCUCUGAACAUGGUGUGUGUGAUCAAGCUUUAUGGAAAGUAAGCAUUUUCUCAACUAAAAAAGUAUUCUCAGUAAUUUUUGAUUCUGUAUUACUACCCACUAAAAUCAUUCUCUAUUUGUUGACUAUUGACUUAAUUUUAACUUUUCUGGUUUUACAUCUAUAUACUUAAACAUAGUUUUAGUUUAACACACACUGUGUAGUAGUGAAGUAUAGGUUACUCACUUGUUUUGCAUAAUGUUUGAAUGAUGUUCAUAGCAAUAAAUUAUCAAGGUGAGAAAAUAAUUUUUAGGUUGCAGGGUGAUGCCUCUGUAAAAAUUGAUCACAUGACAUAAACAUCUAAAAGAAUAAUUCUUGGUUUCAUAAAAGAGAAAGAUAUCACUAAUCUGCUUUAAUCAACAAGGCAAAAAAAUGCAAAACAUCUUUUGUGAUAAUUUAGUUGAUGAAAAACAUGCCGAGAUGUGGCCUGGAUUUCAGACACAACACUACCUUAGAAAUACAUAGAUAUCAUAGCAAAUCACUAUGAGGUACAGCUGCCAAGAAAUUGUGUAAUAAGUCUUAAAGGCUUUUCAUCACCCAAAAAAUAGAUGGCACGAAGUUAAAAUUCAGUACCCAUUUCUUCUCUUUCAAGUCUUCAUAUAUAUUUAAUUUGCCAGGUUAAAAGAUCUUACAAGUCUUUUUACCUACCCCUCUCAUUCAGUCUUACUCAGGAAAAGCCAGAGAAAUAAAAAGGAACAUAAAACCACCAAUUUACAUAUCUAUAUUGAUAUAGAUAGAAAUAUAUAUUCCAUUGUAUCUAUUUAACAUAAACUAGUUUCAUCUGAACAGAUUAUAAAAGAUGGUGGAAAACUAAAUUGAAUUGUUACUUUUUAAAUGGUAUAUCUGGGAGGCUUGUUGUUUAAAAUUGAUUUCAGUGUUUCUUCCCAGCAAGAAAUUUAAAAUCUCAUUCAUUGAUAAAAACUGAUAAUGCUGGUAAAAAAUAUGUAUCUAAUUUUACUGACCUACACAAAACUUAGCAGGAUUCCCCCCCCAACCCCCCCCCCCCCGAAUGUAGAAGGCAAAGAGAGGAUGCUGAUGUUUUGAAGGAAAAAGACUUGAAUCCAACCCAAGUAUCUUUAUACUAAACAUAUCAGGUUCCGUGUGUCACUUGCAGCUCACAGAAGUUUUCACACUACCUGGCAUAAACUGACUACAUCGAUUGUAACAUUUUUGUUUGAGUAUGCUUCUUUUUUUAUCCAUGUAAUGUGUUGCCUUUAAAAACAAAAAUGAUGACUAAAAUAAUGUGUGAGGUGGUUCAUCCCUAAGAAGUCAACGGAAGGUCACUUCAAUCGUACCCUUCUAGUGCUUCUAAUGACUGAAUAUCUAAGGGGUUUGUUUUGUUUUGUUUUUCUGUUGCAAGGCCAAUUUAUCCAUUAUUGGAAAUGCUAAACAAGUGGAAUUUACUGUUUUGUUAAUAAAAUAUUUCUUAAUACAA